AUGCAGGUUCGGCAGCUGGUUCGGGGUACGGGCAGCGAGGCGACCGCGAGCGCGUGGAACGGAUCGCGAACGCGAUGGGCGGCCGGCACGGCGGACGGCGCGCUGCAGAUCUGGGAGCGCUGCGACGACGGCGGAGAGCGCGGGCCGCUGAGCCUUUCCGCGAGCUGGCCGCUCGGGGGAAGCGGCGGAGGGAAUAAAACUGCAGCAGCAGCAGCAGCAGCAGCAGCAGCAGCAGCAGCAGCAGCAGCAGCAGCAGCAGCAGCAGCGCACGUGGUGUGGGUCCCACAGGAGUUUGGGGGAAAGCUGGCUGUGGCGUGCAGAGGGAGCGCACGUGCAGCAGCGCACGUGGUGUGGGCACCACAGGAGUUUGGGGGAAAGGUGGCUGUGACGUGCAGGGGGAAUGCACCUUCUGUGGGCCCUGCAGCAGCUUGGAAUCAAUGCCCUCUCCCCGCCUUUUCCCUUUUCACCCUUCCCCACUUGCCCCAGCAGCAGCAGCAGCAGCAGCAGCAGCAGCAGCAGCGCACGUGGUGUGGGCGCCACAGGAGUUUGGGGGAAAGCUGGCUGUGGCGUGCAGGGGGAGCAGCAGCGUGCACAUCUGGGGGGAGGUUGGGGGCACGGGGGACAGGGAGGAUGGGCGGAACAGGGCCAUGGGGGAAGACGGGGGGGGGUGGGGGGAAUGGGGGGAGUCGGGCCGGCAGGGAAGAGCCAAAUGGGGAGAUGAGGACUAGAGAAGGUGGGCAUGGUGAUACUGAAAUGGGAGGAGGAGGGGGUGGAAGGGGACGAGGGGAUGCAGCUGUCCAAUCAGGAGCAGGCGGAGGGGUUGAGGGUGGUGCUGGUGGUUACAGCAAGACUGGGAGUGGUGGUGAUCGGUGGAGGCAGGUGGCAGUGGUGGAUGUGGGGAACAUGCUGCUGAAUGCACUGAAUGGAGCUGCUGCUGCUGCUGCUGCUGCUGCAGUCUCUACUGGUGCUGCUGGUGCUGCGUCGUCAUCUGCUGCUGCUGUGUUGGCUCUGGCGUUUGUGCGGAGCACAUUCACUGACCCGCUGCUGCUGGUGGCUGUGACAUCGGAGGGGAGGAUGGUGGUGCAUCGCUGCAAUGACUGCCUCGCCCUCUCUCAAUGGUCUCUGGAGGCUGACGUGGCACUGUUUCCAUACGCUGAUGUCAGCAUGGGCAAGGAGCUGCUGUCGCGCGCGAUCAUAGCCGUCCAUCCGUCCACGCGUGCAUUCGGCCAGCCACCCGCUGUGGCUAUUGCCACGUGUGCAGCAGCAGGCAGCAGCAGCAGCAAGGGUGACAGCAACACUGCGAAGGUGUGGGUGCGCAGUGAUCGCUACAUGCACUGGCAUGCCAUUGCAGAUCUCCUCCCUGCCUCUUCCGCUACCACAGCAGCCAAUCAGCAGCCACCACCUGUCACGAGCAUCGCUUGGGCGCCCACUCUAGACAGGUAUGACUAA